AUGAAGUAUAUCUUAAAAUUGGCUAAAACUACUAUCUUCAAAGUAACUACUAUUGCUAAAGUGAUUAUUAGAGCCAUUACCACUAUCAUGACUGAUGAAAGAACUACAAAUGUAAAAGCUUUAAUGGAUGGUACCACAAAUGUUAAAGCAAUAACCACUGUACAGAACUAUUAUAAACUGAAAAAAAAUUACUUGAAUGAAAAAAG